AUGGCGUUCGUCCGUCAAGCGCUCCAGCUCCGCCGCCCCGUUCGCGUCUUUGGCGCUCGCUUUGCCCACCAGUACGCGACGACGCUCGUCGGCGCCAGCGGCACGAUCGAGUCGCGCUUGGUCUACCGCGCCAAGGACGGGUCCGUGCUCUCGCCGUGGCACGACAUCCCGCUGCGCCCCACCGGCUACGAGCACGACAAGGCCAUCUUCAACUUUAUCAACGAGAUCCCGCGCGGCGACCGCGCCAAGAUGGAGAUCGCGACCGACGAAGCGCACAACCCGAUCAAGCAGGACGUCAAGAAGGGCAACUUGCGUUUCUACCACUUUGACUCGCUUGUCAACUAUGGCUGCAUCCCGCAGACGUGGGAAGACCCCGCGCACGUUGACGGCAGCACGGGCUACGGCGGCGACAAUGACCCGAUUGACGUGGUCGAGAUUGGCUCGCAAGUGGCCGAGACGGGCGACGUGUACCCGGUCAAGGUCCUCGGCGUGCUCGGCAUGAUCGACGAGAACGAGACGGACUGGAAGGUCAUUGCCAUCAACGUCAAGGAUCCGAUGGCGGCCAAGCUUAACGAUUUGAACGACGUGCAUUUGCAUCUGCCCGACACGGUGGCCUCGAUCCGCACGUGGUUCCGCGACUACAAGCUGCCGGACGGCAAGCCGCCGAGCGCGUUUGCCUUUGACGGCAAGGCCAUGGACAAGGCGUUUGCGAUCGACGUCAUUGAGCAAACGCAUGCGAGCUGGAAGGCGCUGGCGGCCGGCACGAUCCAGUCGAGCUUGUGGACCAAGUAAACGGCCGAUUGAACUAGUACACCGCUGUUGCCGUCCC